AUGGAUCUAUCGAAACUUGCACCUGCGCACUACAUUCCCGGUAGACAGGCUGCAAUUGAUCAUGUCGCCAGAAUUGAUAAAGCACCCUUCCUGAUCUCUGUUAGCAUUCUGUUUGGAUCUGCGUUACUCUCCGUAUUAGCACGCUUCGCAAUACGCAUCUUCGGGCGCCGACAGAUACGCUGGGAUGACGGACUCGUUUUUCUCGCAACCAUAGCAUUAAUCGUAGCUUUCGGCGUGUGUCUCAAGCUUCUAGAAACGCUGUAUCUCGUAGAAGCCAUAAACAAGAAAGCCGCAUUCCCGUUUCGAGAAGACAUGCCCAAGAUGUUAGACCUAGUUAAAUGGUUAGCUGUUUUCGCGAUCAUGAACUGGACAUCGGUCUACAUGGUGAAGUUCGCAUUCAUGUACUUCUUUUACACCCUCUUCUGGGGGCUCUCAUUGAAGACCGUGAGAAUUUACUGCACAUCGGUCGGCCUCCUCAUUGUAUGUUGGAUGUAUACAGUUGUGAAUCCCAUCAUCUGUCCGCACUUUGGUGCUAACGCCGCUAAAUGCGGCGCGAAUCCGCACCAACAUGUGAGAAGCCUUGCAGGCAAUUGCAUUGUGGUUGUUCUCGAUAUUAUUUGCGACGGCCUCAUCGAGGCCAUCCCUAUCGUCGUACUCGACAAGUCCAUGAUGCCACUCUCUCAAAAGGUGUCCAUCGCCGCCCUUUUAUGUCUCUCAACCGUCAUGAUAAUUUGCGCCCUUAUCCGACUCAUCGGCUCCAUAACCGAUACGCGAAAGGACGGCAGUGGAACAGCGCCAGUCUGGGCGACAUACUGGGCCAUCACCGGAAGCUGUAUCUCACUGGUCAUGACUUCUGUCGUCGUAAUUCGCGGCGUGUUCGUCACGAAUCUCAUCCACGAUGACAGGCAGAAGCAGGAAAGCGUCAUGCGGCGGCUUGGUCGACGCCUUCUGUCUACCUUGAGACUUUCUAGAUCAUCACGAAGUAGUAGACGUAGCCCGCAGAGGAGUGGAGAUCAAUCUCCCGAUGACCAAGGAGGUAGGAUAAGUGCGCCACCGCGGAUUGCCACCCAGGGGUUGACGCGAGGCACGCUCAAUGGCGUGAGGACGUUCAUCGGCGGCAGCAAGAAUGGGAGUAGAGAUCGAGAUGAGACGCUGAAGUCUGUAGACACUGCUUACGCCUUGGAGAACGUUGAUUACCAUAAGAUCCGAAGGAACGAGGCAACGAGGCCUACGGCGACGCCAGACUCAACGCCUUAA